AUGGUGGAUUACGACGACAUCACGCACACUUUGCUGAUAGAGAAAAUAAAAAUACAGUACGAUUCGAAUAGCCAGUGGAACAAGUUUUUUAAAUAUAGCUUGAGGAACCCGCACUCGUUUGUCUACCCCGAGAGCACACACUUCGGUAUAGUUACGAGUGGACAUCGUGCCUGUCCGCAAAAUGCCGACUUCGACUACUUCAGUAGCGCUUUCCAGGCGAAGGGGUACAAACUGAACCAUGUGAGCCCUCUGAAUGGCGGCUACGGCGAGGAGUCUGCCGAGGAGAGGUACCUACUCGAAGUGGAAAAACAGGAAGAGAAAAACCUUGGGAAAAAUGAAGACACACUGAACAGAAGAAUCGUGUGCCUUUUCAAAGAGUGCAUGUACUACUUCAUGAGCUUCAACGACAAGGAUGGGCAAAUAUUAGACAAGCCAUCCAGAAAUUUACACAAAAGAGAUAUAAAGGAUAGCAGUGAGUAUGAGCUUUUCAAAAGCCUUAGUGAUUGUAUUGUUCAGCUGCAUGACUCCAAAGUUAUGAAACACCAGGCGCUCAUCAUGACCAGUGACUUUUGUGGACUCUUCACCCCAACGUAUGUAAAACUGACAAAAUUUUCGGAUGGCUUCCUAACCUUUUUGAAAGAAAAUAAUAUAAAAUAUAUGGACUUGUUUUACGAGGAAAUGCAAAAAAAUGAAUUCUACAAGAAAAAGAAGGAGCAUUAUGAUUAUCUGAAAAAUACCUCUUUUGUACCCCUCACCAAGGGGGAAAUUUCCCUCGCUAAUAAGAAAAAGAAACUCGAAAAGGUGUUACCCAUCCGGGGAACGGAGCUUGUGGGGAAAAAAGACCCACAGGGGCAGACCCCACGGGUGGGUGACGUAGAAGGCGGUGGAGAGGCCUCCACCAGCAGCGUUGUACUGAUCAAGGAGGACCACACGACGAAGAAGAAAAAGACAAAGAAGAGAAAAAUGAGAGAUGAUUCAGACGAGGAGAGUAGCGCGUGUGCACACAUGGGCGCGCUGGUGAAGGGGGAGGAAGCGAACGAAGACACGUCCAAUCAGCUCAGCAGCAGUAGAGACAACUCGAAGAAGAAAAAAAAAAAAAAGAAAGAAGACGACGACGACAGGAAGAAAAAGAAAGUUAAAAAGAAGAAAAAAGUGGAGAUUCAGGAGGAAACCACCGCGCGGGAGGAACAACAACUGGAGUUGGUGUUGUACGAAAAUGGAGACAUUUGCAAUUAUUUGAACAUAAGGAGUGAAGACAGGGCGCUUGGUCAGAGGGGAGACGCCGACAGAACUGACACAGGAGAAAAACAAUAUAAGAAUAAUAAUCAGCGUGAAAAUGAAAGAAGGAACCCCAAUCCACAAGACCUUAGGAAGAAUGCGAAAAUUUUUCACAUGCUGAACAAGAGAGUGGCAUCCGAUGAGUAUAUCUACAACGAAAUAAAGGGGGACUUCAUGAAAGAAAUAAACCUGCCAAAUAAUUACAACUACGACGUGAAUGCAGUUGAAAUAUGUAGGAAUGACGUCAAGAAUUUCUACCGUUGUGUCCUCAAACACAUAAGCAAAAAAAAGGAAAAAUUAAAAAUUUACUACAUAAUAAGUAACUUUUUAUUUUUUUUCGCAAAAAUGUACAAAAAUACGAUAAGCUUUCAUGACAACGUGCAUAAAGACAUAAACCGCAAUUUCGACUACAAGAGUUUGAUCAUACAGGGGAAUAUGCUGCCACACAAUUUCUUCCUCCUGAUGAAGGCACUCCACCUGAUGAGUCUGCAUGAACUUAUCAAAAAUUUUUAUCUCUCCGUGGAGUACGACGAAAGGAAGAAUAAAUGUCUGCACUUUCUAAACAUAACGGAAAAUAAAUUUUACGAAAAUUUCAAAAAAUUUGAAAAUAACAUUAAGGCUAAUUUUUCCCAUGUGUAUAAAUUCCUGCAAAACAUGAUCCCAAUACAUAAGUUUCUGAUCGUUAAGGGGAAGGUCUAUAUAAACUCUGAGCAGUCUACCUUCUCCUUUGACAACAACGACCUCCUACAACUGACUUAUAACAAACCCACGUACGAUAAUAAGGGUGCCCUUGUUGUCUACGAGGGGAACAACGACGAAGAAGGCAGGGUUACUCAAUGGGGUGAAGGCACUAACAGGGAUGACUCUCCCAAUAACAGCAGUGGUGUGAGUAACCCAUACAGGGAGUCGCACUAUUUCCUGUAUGACUCCACGAACACACUCAACAUGACCAAAAGAUCUACACACGUGAAGAAAGUUUACACUAUAAUUGACGACAAGGAAAUGCAUAAAGUGCUGAAUGAACUGGCAGACCUCAAUGAUAAUUACACGAAAAAUUUAAUUAGAGAAAGGAGACUUUUCUUCAUUUUAGAUUCCUACGAAAAGAAUAACCUCUUCCAAAAUGUGCUCUUCAGCGCGCCCUUUUUCGAUACGUACAUUUCGCUCAUUUUCACCUUCUAUGUAAAUAACUACGUGAAGAAGUAUGAGCCUUUUAUUCACAUUCCCCUGUUCAAGCCGUCCUACCUGAACAUGCUCGUGGGGUACAUAAAAAGGAGGAAGCGCGAAUUCCAAAUGAAGGAACAGAGCGGCCAGUUCAGGCAGCACACCGUAGAUAAGAUGUGCAACAACUUUUUCAGGAGCUCCCUAAACAGUAUUCUAAACUCCAGGGAGGAGGAGAUAAUUGUGAUAGAGUCAUCCACAGGGGGGGCAUCCGCCGGAGAGGCAGCACUUGGAGAAGCACCCACGGUCAACUCCGUCCUUCCAAAUGACGUAACGAACGACGUAACGAAUGACGUAACAAACGAUGUAGUGUCCGCCCCCACGGAGACCCCCCCCAACAAGCAGGAGCACUCCGUCGAGGAGGACCGCCUGUACACGGCGCAGAAAAACGAAAACAACAUCAUCGUUAAUGAACGCACAGUAAGGAAAAUCGAACCGAAUGAUGUCCUCACGUGCAUAUUUGUCCUGAUCAAUGCCAACCAAAACGCCCCCACGGAGGAGGAAAAGAAGGUCCGAGAAAUAACCUUACAUGUUCUGAAGGGCAAGGAAAUGGAAUGUGUAAACCAAAAAAUUAAGUACGCCUUCAAAUACAGAAACAAAAUUAGCGACGCCAUAACUUUAAGCGAGAUAGAAGUCCGUAAAGCGGAUUUUUCAAAAAUUUUUAUUUUUGGAAUUGUGUUAAGUAAUGAUAUAUCUGCGUCCACUUUACAAGAGGACAUCCACUCUUUGUACAACUUGCAAAGCACUUUGCGGUGCAAGUACCCCUCACGCAAGUUCGAAUUGGAGGCCCAAGUUUUUACCUUUUACUGGGUGUACGAGGUGCACGUGUAUGGUUCUAUUUUUCUGAAGGGAAGGCAGCGGAGUCACGCGCUCAGCAGGGUUGGCCAGAACUACCAGCUGCCUUACAACGUACAGUGGAAGAGCCACCCCCUGUGGGGCUACUACCUAUACAUUAUACAAGACAGCAUCGAUAGCAAAUACUCGGAGGAGACCAUUUCCACCCUGAGAGAUGACCAGGGAAUAAACGUGCGUCUCUGCAGCGAAGAGUUUGACGUCCAAGUGGUAGAAAGGGACAUCAAAGAAGUGCUUCACAUGCACGACCUGCAAUUAGAGGAUCUCAAAAAAAUGAACAGAAACAUAUUCCUAAAUAUCAUUUUUUUAAUUGAAAAUGGGCACCUCACAUAUUUUAACUUCCACAAUACGGAAAGCAUACAAAUAAAUCAGAGGAACAAUUAUCUGUGCAUAAAGAUUUUCAAGUCGAAGGUAACUUUCCCCUCCUUCAGUUUGAACACACCCCUGCUGAACGACUCUUGGCUCUCAGACGUGCUCGCCAGCGAGCAGCCUCUCCCCUUUGAUUCCUACUUCUACAAAUUUUAA